GGUGAAUUCGACCAUUUUGAGGUUAUAGGUACUUACGAUCUUUAAUAAUUAUUCUCCUUGAAAUAAUCAUAUGUAAAGUUCCAUUUUUGAUUGAAUUUCUCAAUGCCACGAUCAAAAAUCCAAUAUGUCGGAAACUUCUCGUACAUAUACGGAACAAGAGUCCUUCUCUAAUCAAGAAAAAUUAAUCGACUCGUUUUUAGCAAAAGGACCACAAGCAUUGGCAGAUACUGCUUCGUCCAGCGUAAAUGAGCAGUCAGGUUUAUCGACUGAACAAGAGCUCAAAAAGUACAAAGAAUUUUUCUCUCAACUGAAGUUUUCCUACAUCGAGCAAGGAACAAAAGAAAGGUAUUUACGUGCGAUUCUGGAUGAUCCUCCUUUAUUAGUUGAGCCUGAAGACAAUGAAAAAUUAGAGUCGACGAUAUCUGAACUAAAAUCUCGUUUAAAGCAACGAAAGGAUGAAGUUGAAUUGUUGAAGAAAAAGAUUAUUUCUAAUUGUAAUGAAAUUGCUGAAAAGUAUGAUGCUACAUUAAAGGAAUCUAAAGAAACGAAAGCACUCUUGAGCGAUUACAGAAUACUUGAGAAAGAGUUACAGAGCUUAGACCAAGAUGACACAACCAACAUACCCGCUCUUCCAGAUUUAGAAGAAAAAAUACCUUUGUUAAAACAAGAAAUUUUCGAGACCGAUAAUUCCAUAAAAUCAACCAAUAUUCAAUUGGAAAGAGAUGAACUUCACCUCGAGCAACUGAAGAAAAAUUGUUCAACACUUGAAAAGGAACAUAUAGAUUUACAGAAAAAGUCGAACAAUUUACGUAAAUCUAUGAAUAUGCGUUCUCCAGGUGAUGAUGCAAAGAGAAAGGUUCAGGCAUGGUAUACUUCAAUGCUCGAUAUUUACAAUCAAAUACUUCCUUAAAAAAACGACUAUUAUCCGCUAAUUUCAUUGAUGGUAAUUUGAAUCUUCUUAUUCUCUUUAAUCCCUAUUUCUGUCAGGAACCCAGCGACGCAAUGACACGCACUGAAUAGUAUAGUAACUAAGGAUUAAUUUUGACCAUUCCCAUUGAUCCAUAUUCUUUUGAUGUUGCCAAAGGUCAUUCAUAAUUUCCGGUGUUGGACAGUGAACAUAGCAUAGUACAAGAGUCUUCUUUACUUGACCAACCGUCCGGUUAAGACAGUGAAGUUCAUGCCAUUUCAGAUUUCGUUUCUGAGAAUUACCCACGCAAGGGAGUACCAAAAUAGCUAACUCAGCAUGACUGAACACAGGUCCUCUCUUAUAAAGAACUAAAAAAAAGUUAGAAACUCAUACUUGCUAUAAAAUAAACAUACGAUAAUCCACUGAAAAUUUUGUUCCUCCUUUUACUACCCACCCUUGUUGGCGAAAGUAAUAGUAAGCAGCAAGAUCUACUAGAAAUGAAUUAUCUGGGUGAAUGUAAGCGGCAGCAUCAAGUUGACCAAAAGAAGCACCCGCAUUUUUGUUUGAACAUUGGGUAGAAUAAUCUGGAUUCUGAGCAGAAAUCUCAGCAAAAUAACGGAGUAAAGGGAUAGAAGAUGUAUCUUUCAUCGAAGAAGUAACGGUUAGAUUUCCUAAAGAAGAUAGGAAAAAUGCCUCUGGAAAUGUCAAUUGCAGGUGUUCAAGUUCGGGAACAACGGUAACUUGAAAGGGAUUUUGAGGUGAUACGGAUGAAGAGAUAGGGUCUGUCAAUUCUUUUGGUAGUUCAGCAUCCUCUUUGAGGUGAUCUGGAAUUUCUUCAUUACGUUCAAUACACAAUUGGCGUUCACGAGCACACUGCUCCCUGUAUGCUCGUUGUGCUUUAAAUCUCUUUCUUUGCAAUCUUCUCCUUGCAGUUAUUUCUUCAGCCACUAAGUCUUCGUCCAACCCUAACAGACCUAGCGAUCGCUUUGUACGAACCUGCCAUGUAGGCUCACUUCUAGAAAGAUUUCCUUUCCCAAAAAAUCCGUUAGUCCAUAGUCUUUGUAUACCCUCUCUAUCUGUUACCAGGCAGCUGCGUGUACUGGAGUCCACGGUACAUUGUACAGGAAUUUGUUUAGGGGUUCUGCUGAAAAAGUAGUAAUAAAUAUAGGGAACCCAUGUAAGAGGAUUUGUAGGAAUUAUAGGUGGUAGCGGUCUCGCUAAUAAGAAUGGAAGAGGAUCUUUAUAAAUUUCAUGUGCUUUUGACAUGUUAACAAAACUAAUGAUUAGAGAAGGUUCUUUUAGUAGUUAUCCCAAGAUGCCCCAACCUACCGUAGAUUUUAUAUAUCCUUCUUUUUUUUUAUAUCCUUUAUUUGGGGACUAUUCAGUUUAUUCAAAUGCAAGUCUUUCAGAGAAUACCUAAAUACAGUGAUAUGGCUUCCAUCAGCGUUGGUAAAAUGCUCCACUAAGAUUGCUUUUAAUUUCAGCCAAUAUCCAAGGACUGUAUGAAGCAUUCAGAAUCUCUUUUUCAACAGUCUAUUGUUUAAACAUUGAUUAUGAAUUCUUUUUCU